AUGCACGCGUGCACGCAGCAGCAGUUUUCAGCCGUCCCUGCGGCGUGCUGGCAGAGCAGGCAGCAGCAGCAGCCUGCGCUGGCGUUCAGGCGGUCCGCUGCUGUCGGCGGCGGCAGCAGCGGCGCCCUGGCGGCAGCAGCGCCCAGGGCGGCGCCCUGCGCGGCGGCACGCAGCCCCCGCAGCACACAGCCCUGCCGCGCGGUAGCAGCGCCUGAGCGCGAGGCGCCGCGGGCGGCUGCCCCCAGCGGCAAGCCGCCGAUGAAGGUGGUGAUUGCGGGCGCCGGCAUCGGCGGGCUGGUGCUGGCAGUGGGCCUGCUCAAGCGCGGCUUUGACGUGACGGUGCUGGAGCGCGACAUGACGGCCAUCCGCGGCGAGGGCAAGUACCGCGGCCCCAUCCAGAUCCAGAGCAAUGCCCUGGGCGCGCUGGAGGCUCUGGAUGAGGGUGUGGCACAGCGCGUGUUUGAGGAGGGCUGCAUCACAGGAGACCGCAUCAACGGCCUGUGCGAUGGCGUCACUGGCGACUGGUACAUCAAGUUUGACACUUUCCACCCCGCCGUCGACAUGGGCCUGCCCGUCACCCGCGUCAUCUCGCGCAUCACGCUGCAGGAGAUCCUGGCGGACGCGUGCCGCGAAAUUGCGGGGGAGGACGUGAUACAGAACAGCGUCAACAUUGUCGACUAUGAGCAGGGUGUGGACCCAGCCACCGGCAAGAAGAUCGCCACCGCCAUUGCCGACGACGGGCGGCGCUUCAGCGGCGACCUGCUGGUGGGCGCCGACGGCAUCUGGUCCAAGGUGCGGCGCAAGAUGCUGGGCGACUCGCAGCCCAACUACUCGGAGUACACCUGCUACACAGGCAUCUCAGACUUCACGCCCGCAGACAUCGACACGGUGGGCUACCGCGUGUUCCUGGGCAACGGCAAGUACUUUGUCAGCAGCGAUGUGGGCGGCGGCAAGAUGCAGUGGUAUGGCUUCCACAAGGAGCCAGCAAACGGCACAGACCCGCCCGGCGCCCGCAAGCAGCGGCUGAUGGAAAUCUUUGGCAGCUGGACGCACAAAGUCACCGACUUGCUGAAGGCGACGCCCGAGGAGGCCAUCAUGCGGCGCGACAUCUAUGACCGCGCCCCCAUCUUCAAGUGGGCAGACGGCCGCGUGGCGCUGCUGGGCGACUCGGCGCACGCCAUGCAGCCCAACCUGGGGCAGGGCGGGUGCAUGGCGAUUGAGGAUGCGUACCAGCUGGUGCUGGACCUGUGCCGCGAGGCAGACGAGGUGGACAAGGAGGCGGCGGCGGGGCCCCGGCGCGACAUUGAUGUGGAGGGCGUGCUCAACGGCUACAUGAUGAAGCGUGUGGUGCGCGCAGCCUCCAUCCACGGCAUGGCCGGCAUGGCCGCCUACAUGGCCUCCACCUACAAGGCCUACCUGGGAGAGGGGCUGGGCCCGCUGGAGUGGAUCACCAAGUUUAAGAUCCCGCACCCGGGCCGCGUCGUGGGCCAGGUGAUCAUGAAGGCCACCAUGCCGGGCACCAUGAGCCGCGUGCUGGGCGGCUACCGCAAGUCGCUGGCGCAGUCGGACCGCGUGCCGGUGUGCCACCUGGCCGACCAGCCGCGGGGCUUCCCUGAGAGCCUCUUCCCGCUGUACAUGGAGGAUGAUGAUGCCCUGCUGCGCGCCUCGCACGCCUACUGGGUCCUCACCCCCGUCACCGAUGGGUCAAGUGCGUCCCCCGAGGCGCUGCACCUCGAGUUUGAGGCAGCCAAGCACCAGUCCCCGGUGAUUAGCCGGGAGGGUGUCACCGUGGGCACGGGCGCCGGCUGCGACAUGGUGCUCACUGCACCCACUGUCUCGGAGCAGCACGCGCGGCUGCACCAGUGCGAGGCGGGUGACUAUCACGUCACCGACCUGGACAGCCAGUUGGGCACGUGGGUCAACAGCCGACGGCUGCCGGCCCGCGUGCCGCAGCGCCUGCGCCCUGACGAUGUUGUGAGCUUUGGCGCACCGGGCCAGGGCAGCCUGGACUUCAAGGUCUGCAUGUUCCACAACAGCUUGCUGGAGAGCGGCGGCCGGCAUGGCAGCUACGACCGGCGCAGGGCGGCGGAGCCGCAGGUGGCGCUCAGCGGCAAGUGA